CUCCCGCAUGAGAAGGGAGUGGCACAGAAGCGCGACAAGUGUCUCAUCCCAAGAACUUGCCAGGUACAGAUUACUCGCUCAGAGUGUACUUGGUAGCCCUCGCAUCGUUUUCGCCCUGGAUUUUGGGUAGCAGCAUUUUUUGCCAUCGAGAAAUUGUCGAUUUUGAUCGCUUGCCUUUCAAUUACAGGCCUUUGGCACUUUGUCGUUCAAUCGUUGCAGAAUUUGACAGCGUCUAGCAGCCAUGGAAUACGAGAUGGACCAGGCAAGUCUUGAUCUCAUCAUCCAGCUUCAGUUGGAAGAUGCCCAAAGCAUGGCCAAGGGAAAGUACCAGGAGGGCAAGGCUCCCGAUUUCGACCUGGCGCUUGAGCUUUUCAACUCCGAGCUCGCCUCGUUCCAUGCCUUUAUCCACGAUCGAGAAAUGAGUCGCAGCCUGGCUCGUGCCGUUGUGAGCGACGCGGACGUCAUUAGAGAGCUCGUCAACGAAGAGGAACAAGCGACACGCGAUCGGAUGCUUGCGCUCCAUGGCUUUGAUGAGAAUAACAUUGCAAGGGACAACCUCUUUCCCCCGAGACAGCCACCGGAUACGGCUUCCUUGAAAGAGAACAUCUCUGAUGAAAUGGUCAACAAACUCAUAUUUCUAUUUCACGAUGAUGGCGGGCCUUCACCUAUUGCCGAGUCAUCUAGGAUGGGUGAACGAGCUAAUCGGUCGAUGACCAAAGUGAGCAACAGACGUCGCUGCAUUGUUUGCAAUGAAGAUUUCCCAUUCGUCGACACGCUGCGAUGCCCGUGCUCUCACGAUUAUUGUCGCGAAUGCCUGUCCAAUUACAUUAGUAAAGCAAUAAACGACGAGUCCAUAUUCCCCCCUCGAUGCUGUGGGAAAACGAUUCCUCUCGACGGUGUUAACCAGAUCUUCAUUCCUGCGGGAAUACUUGGGAAAUAUCGCGCCAAGGAGCUCGAGUACGGUUCGACGAAUAGACUAUAUUGCCACCUACCCAGUUGCUCGACGUUUAUCCCCACGCCGUUCAUCAAGGAUGAGGUGGCGACGUGUGUGAAAUGUCGAAGUAGGACUUGCACCAUCUGUAAGGGCGCAGCCCAUACGGGCGAUUGCCCCAAGGACACGGAGACGGCCAAUAUUCUGCGUAUUGCGGGAGACAAUGGCUGGAAGAGGUGCUUUCAGUGUCGGAGAAUGGUAGAGCUGUCGCAUGGUUGCAACCAUAUAUAUUGUAAAUGCGGAGCCCAGUUCUGUUACACCUGCGGAAAGCGAUGGAAGUCUUGCGGCUGUGAUUUGUGGAAUGAGAAUAUGCUGGUUGCUCGGAACAUGGCUGCAAAUCAGUUCGCGGGCGGACAACGUCAAGCUGCGAAUCAAGGAUGGGGUCUAUGAAUGAAAUGAAGGAGCAGAAGGCACAGAUGGGAAAUGAGGAUCAUUAAAGAGAUUUUACAAGAAGAUUGUCAGUAGAUGUUGGUCUCUUGUUGUUGGAUAUCAAGUAGUACCUAGGUAGCUGAGAUUGGAUAUUACAUCACCAUUGGGGCAUAC